CGCGUGAGCUUCGGGCAUGCCCGGUAGCCUCUGGAGGUAGAUUUGGCAUCCCAAGUGCGUUUGAGCGUUUGUUCAGAGCCGCUCUGAGCUGGGCCCGCCUUGGACGAGCGGGUCGGUCGCCCGACGCCCGCUCCGCUACCCCGUUGCUUUCGGCUUUCUGGUGUUUCGUUGUGAGCUACAGCCCAGCAGCAGAUCGGGGAGGCUCGGGAGGGACCAUCAGGCGGUCUCAGUGAGUGUCCCUGCCCGCUUGGAAAAUAAACACGAGUGCCACACGCUGCCGCCACUUUAUUAAAGCAAAUUUCCUGAGAGCGAAGAAGAAAAUGAUGCUUGACUAAAGAAUAGUUGCGUCUCCCCUGAGAUUUACAGGAACAGAUCUAUCUUAUGAGGAAGAGGCUUCCUCAGUAGUCUUAGUUGUGCAAUGGGGACUACAAAUGAUGACAUGGCUUUGGUGGAGCAGAAUGCCUCCUUGAACCCUUUGUGCUUUGAAUGUGGCCAGCAGCACUGGACAAGGGAGAAUCACUUGUACAACUACCAGAAUGAAGUGGAUGAUGACUUGGUUUGCCAUAUUUGCCUUCAGCCCUUGUUGCAGCCAUUGGACACUCCCUGUGGACACACUUUCUGCUACAAGUGCCUAAGGAACUUUCUACAGGAGAAGGAUUUCUGCCCACUGGAUCGAAAAAGACUCCAUUUUAAACUCUGCAAAAAAUCCAGCAUUCUCGUUCAUAAACUGUUAGACAAGCUGUUUGUUUUAUGUCCCUUUUCUUCAGUAUGUCAGGAGGUAAUGCAGCGAUGUGACCUGGCAGCACAUCUCAAAAACAGGUGUCCUGGGGCUUCUCAUCGGAGAGUUGCUCUGGAGAGAAGGAAAACUAGCAAGCUGCAGCCAGAAGCUGAGAGCGAGGCUGGUCCUGGUGGCACAGAGCAGCCCAGCCGUUUAUCUCCAGAUGCGGAUCAGGGAACAGUGCCUGCGGAGCAGAGCUUCACGUCACCUGCCCUUCCUACGUGGGCAGAUGAGCCCAGCAUUGACAAUCCUGCUUUUGAGGAGAACACAGCAGCAGACACAAAUCAACAGCCACCUACCUUGCCUGAAGGAGAGAUCACUACUAUUGAAAUUCAUCGGUCCAAUCCUUAUAUUGAAUUAGGAAUUAGCAUAGUAGGUGGCAACGAAACGCCUUUGAUCAACAUUGUUAUUCAAGAGGUUUAUCGAGAUGGGAUCAUUGCCAGAGAUGGAAGACUUCUUGCUGGAGACCAGAUACUUCAAGUCAAUAGCUUUGACAUCAGCAAUGUGUCACACAACCAUGCUCGAGCUGUUCUGUCCCAGCCUUGCACAGUGUUGCAUCUCACUGUACUCAGAGAGAGGCGAUUUGGGAGCCGCACACACAACCACGCGGAGAACACCAGCUCCUUGCGGGAGGACAGCUUUCAAGUGACGCUGCACAAGCGUGACUCCAGUGAGCAGCUUGGCAUUAAACUCGUACGCAGAACAGAUGAGCCAGGAGUUUUUAUUCUCGACCUUUUGGAAGGGGGGUUGGCUGCUCAAGAUGGCAGGCUCUGCAGCAAUGACCGAGUACUUGCCAUUAAUGGACAUGACUUGAAGCACGGGACACCUGAACUUGCUGCUCAGGUUAUACAGGCCAGUGGGGAGAGGGUGAAUUUGAUCAUCUCUAGACCCAUGAAGUCACAGACGGUCAGUAUUAUCCGAGACACAGGCACUCAUAACAGUAACCCACACCAGCACCAGACCCAACAGCUGUUUCACAGCAGACCCAACUCACAUAAGGACCUCUCCCAGUGUGUUACAUGCCAAGAAAAGCACAUUACUGUGAAAAAAGAGCCACACGAAUCUCUUGGAAUGACAGUGGCAGGAGGCAGAGGCAGCAAAAGUGGUGAACUGCCCAUCUUCGUUACAAGUGUACAACCUCAUGGGUGUUUGGCAAGAGAUGGCAGGAUUAAACGAGGUGAUGUGUUGCUGAAUAUCAACGGCAUUGAUUUGACCAACCUAAGUCACAGUGAGGCAGUAGCCAUGCUGAAAGCCAGUGCUGCCUCUUCAGUAGUUGCCCUGAAAACACUAGAAGUCCAGAUUGUAGAAGAACAACCCCAAUCUAAUGAAGAACAACUGAGUACUAUCAGUGAAAAUGAAUAUGAUGCCAGUUGGUCACCAUCAUGGGUCAUGUGGCUGGGACUUCCAAGCUGCCUACAUAGCUGCCAUGAUGUAGUGCUACGGCGCAGCAAUCUGGGAAGCUGGGGUUUCAGCAUUGUUGGUGGCUAUGAGGAGAACCACACAAAUCAGCCUUUCUUCAUUAAAACGAUUGUUCUUGGAACACCAGCGUACUUUGAUGGAAGAUUAAAGUGUGGUGAUAUGAUUGUUGCUGUAAAUGGAUUAUCAACAGUUGGAAUGAGCCAUUCUGCACUCGUUCCAAUGCUGAAGGAGCAGAGGAAUAAAGUAACUUUGACCGUGAUUUGUUGGCCUGGAAGCCUCAUAUAGAUUCAUGAAAUCACUUCGGUUCAAGCAGCUUCUUUUUCUGGAUAGCUGGCAAAAAAAUUCUCCUUUAUCUUUUUUUUUCUUAUUGAUAUACAGCUGGUUAUAAGCAGGGCCAAAACUGCUGCAUUUGCUUUUUUCUUUGUUUUCUUUUUUUCUUACGGGCUUCUCAGAUUCACUGUAUGUAUCUUUCCAUCCUGAAAUAGUCAUUUUUACUCAGUUCGCUAUGUUCAUUGCUGAUACAAAUGCAAAUACACACAUGCUCACACAAAA